GAGAGAGAGAGAGGAAGAGAGAAUGAGAGUGGGGAGAAUCAAGAAAUGACUGACUUUGGUCUGUCUAUUUCAGAUGAUAUUUCACCAAAUGCUCUAUAAGUAGUAUUAAAUGUUUUUUUUUGUUUUUUUUCUGUGAAUUUGAGACUGAUAUUUGUCUAUUUGUUGCUGAGUGUUUUGAUGAGUGAUAAGAUGCGUGCAUUAAAACAACGUUUUAGACUUCAGAAUAAAGAGAUGUUUUCCUUAACCCAGACUUUCCAUCAGAUUUGGUAGACCUGGAGUAGACUGUCACGUAAGGCAUGAUUCCGACACAGCAGUACUCCAACUCAUGUUUCUUGUCAACGAGGGGGCCCUUGUAAGUGUAUGUGCAGAUGAUAGCUUACAUCUAUGGAACCUUCGUCAAAAGAGACCAGCCAUUCUUCACUCUCUCAAGUUCAAUAGAGAAAGGAUAACAUACUGCACUCUCCCUUUCCAGAGCAAAUGGCUAUACAUUGGAACGGAGAGGGGGAACGUCCAUGUUGUCAACAUUGAAUCGUUUGUGCUUUCGGGUUAUGUUAUCAAUUGGAACAAAGCAAUCGAAUUAUCAAGAAAAACACAUCCAGGUCCCGUUGUACAUCUAAGUGAUAACCCUGUAGACGGAAAUAAGUUACUAAUAGGUUUUGAGACGGGUGCAGUGGUGUUAUGGGACCUGAAGACGCGGGUGGCGGAGUACCGGUAUAACUGCAGCCAGCCCGUCCGCAGCAUCGCAUGGCACUACGAGGGAAAGCAGUUCGUCUGCAGUCACACAGACGGCACGCUCACGAUAUGGAACGUCAGGAACUGCAUCAAACCCGCCAACAUCAUCUCUCCUCACGCCAAAGUACCUGCCAAAGGAUUAAAGCCGGAGCCAUGCGCCCCAGUGCCCAAGGUAGAAUGGGCAUCCGUCAAGAGCGGUUUUGAUCUGUUCCAGUCAUCGGACCCCUAUAUUCUCUUCUCCGGUGGACUAACAUAUGAGAAGUCCACGCAGACACCCAGCAUCACCAUUAUGCAAGGCAAGACCACCACUGUACUAGAAAUGGAACAUUCUGUCGUAGACUUCCUCACUCUCUGUGAGAACCCCUGGCCGAGUAAUCCACAAGAACCCUAUGCCGUGGUAGUCCUGCUGGAGAGUGAUCUAGUGGUCGUUGACCUUCUGUCCCCAGGGUAUCCUUGCUUUGAGAACCCGUAUCCGAUGGACCUACAUGAAUCUCCUAUAACAUGUGUACAGUACUAUGCAGACUGCCCGUCAGAUCUUAUACCUGCUCUCUAUUCCACUGGAGCUAAUGGCCUCAACAGGAAGAAGACAGCCUACAGUAAGAGGAAUUGGCCAGUGAAAGGAGGAGAAUGGGGAUCUGGUGGAAGCAGUGAUCAGGAAAUCAUCAUCACAGGGCAUGCUGAUGGCUCAAUCAAAUUUUGGGAUGCAUCACAAGUCAUGCUUCAAGUUCUCUACAAGCUCAAGACGGCCAAGGUCUUUGAGAAGGCCAAACAAGCCAAGACGCUAGACGGCGAUGAUGACCCAUUCGCCAUCCAGCUGGUCAAGCUGUGCUCAGAGAGCAGGAUGCUCUGCGUGGCUGGAGCCAGCGGUCAUCUACUGCUCUACCGCUUCAGCAAGAUGGAGGCAUCCACAGAGCUACCGACACUAGAGAUCUCAAUAGUAUACGAGGCUGAGGAGCCAGAAACACCAGAGACUGAGAUGCCCCCUAUGCCGAUCCAACCCGCACCCCUCAAGCGCAACACCAGCACUGUCAGCGCCAGCGGCGUGGCCUCGGCGACAACCCUCCCCUCCACGCCCAUCCACCAGUCGUCGACGCCCGCUCCUAGCCCCAUCAACCACCCCCAUCAUCACCACCAGCACCAGGGGCAGCACCAGGGGCAGGGGCAGCACCAGCAGGGGCACUCCCACCAGACGAGCGGGGAUGGGCUGAGGGACAACGUGCCCAACCUGAGGGUCAAGAGUGGGGCUCAUAAGAGGGGGAUGGGGUUCCAGCCCUCCCUAUGUCUGCAGCUGCUGUGGGUGGAUGGGGAACCCCCUCCCACCAUCACCACUGUGGAGAUCAGCUCAGCCUAUGGCUUAUUGGCUUUUGGCACCACCAACGGGCUGGCAAUUGUCGACUACCUUCAGCGGACCUGUCUUCUCAACAUGGGCACGCCCGACCUGUAUGGCUCAGCUGACCCUUACCAGCGCACCCCGAGAUCCCCCAAGAAGAACAAAUCACAGCCCCAGGGCCUGGGCGACAUCGUAGAGCAGUACAUGUCCGACCAGGAGAGGUGUCGGUCACCGGUCGGAUCCAACAUUGGCGGAGAGUCGAAUGGAGUCUGCAUCAGCCCGACCGGCAACAGCGCGAUGCGGAGCGGCAGCGGCGGUGGGGUCAAGCCCCGCAACAACCACGACCCGUCACAGCUCCGGCGCAAUCGUAGUGAAGGCUCAUUCACACGCUCACGAAGCUCCAGCAUGUCCAGCCUGGAGAAAGAGACUAGGGAAGGAGUCCAGAAUCUUAUAUUUUCAGAGUCCUACACAAGAAAAGAAGAAUCUGUGACUUGUCCAUGUCUGUGGGUAGGAACCACUCUCGGUUCUGUGCUGGGCAUCGUUGUUAACCUUCCACCUCCUGGUGAACAAAGACUAUCCCAACCAGUCAUCGUCUCACCAAGUGGUACUGUAUUUAGGCUGAAGGGUUGUGUACUACACAUAGCCUUCCUAGACUGCAAUGGUCUUCAGGUUCCACCUUCCAGUGAUGUGUGGAGGGACCCGAACAAAGAAACCAGGGAAGGCAGAGAUAAAAAGCCGUUACAGCAGCGAAGUCGCAUGUCUCCCUCCUCCUCCACAGAGAUAGCAGACCGUCAGUUUGUGGUCAUCUGCUCAGAGAAGGAGGCCAAGGUGAUAUCAUUACCUUCCCAGACUUGUGUGUACAGAACCAAAGUAUCAGAAUCAUCUUAUGUUGUACGCAGUGAUGUCAUCAGUAUGCAAAACAGCGUAUGCCUGGCGUGCUACGUGGCCAACGGUCAUAUUAUGACCUACAGUCUGCCAAGCUUCAGGCUUCUACUAGACAAAGAAUACCUUCCACUUACAGAUCUCAGGAUCGGCAGAACAUUCCAAUUUAGCUCACAUGGUAAAGGCUUGUACCAAUGCUCACCAACAGAGAUACAGAGGUAUACAAUAUGCAGUGAAGCUAGUGAGAACCUCCAUGACAUGCUCGGAGAUUUGUUCUUACCUGUUAACACACCGGAGGCACCCAGCAAGGGCUUCUUCAAGGGGCUGUUUGGAGGUGGUGGAGGGGCGCUAGACAGGGAAGAGCUAUUCGGCGAGACUGCGGGGAAACCAUCGAAGAGCGUUGCACGUCACAUUCCAGGGACCGGGGGACUAGAGGGUGUGAAGGCCCAGGCAGGAGGGGCGAUGGGAGAGGUGGCCAAGGCUCGCAUCGCAUUAUACGAGAGAGGUCAAAAGUUGAGCGAGCUUGAAGAGAAGACAGCCCAGAUGAUGGCCAAUGCAGAGAACUUCCAACAGGCGGCUAACCAAAUCAUGCAAAAGUACAAAGACAAGAAGUGGUACCAAUUCUGAGUAGAAACAAACUGCAGGUUACACACAGGAGUAGGAUUUCAUUCACCACUUUCAUUAUCACCGUCAACGAGGAUCUUCAUUGUGACGGUAGGCGCGAGGUUGACGUAGCGUCUACCCAGCGAUUGGAGUAAUGGGAGCAUUUUUCUUUGUGCGGUUGAAAGGAGACAACGGAACCACAGAGGGCAGCAUUUCACCUACCACUUCUCAUCGGCAUCACCAUGGUUUUUCGUUUUUAAGAUGCAACUGCUUUUGAAUAACUGAAAUGAAAAGAGCUUUCGUAAAGACGGUUGUAUUAUCUGUUCUCUCUUUCAAAAGGAUAGAUCGGAAAAGAUGCUGCGAGCGAGCAGAACUCAACAGGAUUAAUAGCUUUAUGAGUUAGGAGCUUUAGAAGCAAAGACUUUUAAUAGACUCAAGAUCACUCAUAUAAAUAGCCGACUCAGAGAGACGGCUGUUUUUUGUUGCAAGGUAGGCUUUUAACAGUUGGAUGAUGAGAGGGUGUGGUAGGUGAGUUGCCAUGGCAACGAGACGGAUAGUGGUAACCAAGGUAACCAAUGUACCGAUGCAUGACUUGAUUAGCUGGCUGUCGAGAGAAGGAGCCAGAGCAAACGUGCCGUCAGACGGGAUUUCCAGAGGGAGGUGUGAUCCAUAGGUGAACAGCCAGUAGUAUCUGUCACUGUGCGCUGUUACAAAUAGCGAUUACAAUUCAUUCAUGUUGGGUUCAGGCAAUAUGUAAGAUAGUUUCAUUCAAUCGACUUGUAUUACUCGCCGGAUGUCGACGUGAGAUAGAAUUGAUGGAAUGCGUUGAAUUUGAAGCUAGUCAUGACAAGUAGACUGUAUUAAAAAAUAGAUGAUAUUUGUGAUUGUUUCUAAACAAAUAUUAGGAAUGAGUACUUGGGUACUGAUUUUCUUCCAGAAUAUACAAUUGUAUCAUGAUUCAAAAAUUGAUGUUAGAAUAGAGAUGAUGAUGUUUCCCAAGAUAUUCUCUUAGUGUGAUCCCCUCCCCGUAGUCAUAUACAUAAUCAUAUAUGUAAUUUGUAUACCAAAUUAUAGCGCAAAACAAUCAAUGCAGAAGCAAACGUUUGAGUGAAAAUUUAGCUUUUUCUCUUUCUCUUUCUCUCUCUCUCUCACUCUUUUACUUUCUUUCUCUCUAUUUUUUUUCAGCCUAUCUUUCUUCAAAAUAAGUCAAAGGUCAUCUUAACUUCCAUUUUCAAUUUUAUUUUCUUCAAGACACUCAAAUGAAAAUGACAUUGUUUUUACUGCUAUCGUGUACAUUCCAUAAUAGCAUGGAAGGAAGGAAUUUUGUGUCCUUUUGAUCAAAAUUUCUCAUUUUAUCCACUCUAUUUUUCUCUUCUGAAAAUUGAUUUUGCUCCAGCAUUACGAUAUCAUUCCAUUAUAAUGCAGAGCGGCGCAUUGCUCUAGAAGAUUGAUGAUUUUGUUCAGAAAUGAAUUUAAAGAUUCAUUCUAAGCCGAUAUACUUGUAAAGUGUUAGAGGAUUUUAUGAAAAUGCUUUGCAUGAAUGUCUCUGCCAACGAUAAUGAUACUUUAUCCAACGCAAUGUGCUCUUGCAAAAAAAAAUACAAAAAAAAUCAUACGUGUCAAGUUUUGUUGUCCUCGAUGUUGUUUAUAUUUCAAUAAUAUACUGUAAAUAAGAAUUGUCUCAAUAUAUGUAGUAUAUAGAAGUAUUUCAUAUAAGAGAAGAGAAGAGAGAGGCAUUAUCUUGUACGAUUCAGCUCAGUUCAUUUAACGUUCACUGCACAUAACUUUAUGGCUACGAUGUGCAAAUUGUAUAGAUGAAAUUGUGAGAUAUAUACUGUGGUUGUUCAUCUUAUUUUUCUUUUCAUCCGCAUCCGAGAGGAUACAUGAUUGCACAAUAUUGAUAUAUGUUUUGGCCCCCUUGUGGGGAGAAUUAGAUUAUUUUUUAGCAUUUGAUCUCCUUUUUUUUCUCCAAUUUCUCAAUAAGAGCCCUUUUCCUUCACUCUACAGUAUUUAUGUACCCAGCAAAUAAAUAACUUAUCCUACGUCACAGUAAACCAACUGCAGUAAUGCCAUACAUGUUCAUACUCGACAUAAUGUUCCUGUAAAUAGUGCUUUGUAAAUAAAAAGUGAGUUUAAAAAACAUGCUAGUUAUACUAGAAUAUUAUAACAUUUAUGCCAUGUAUUAUAAAGAAAUUUAAUCUAGUUUUAUUUAAUUUGUGCUGUUGCAAUUUUAUGUAUUCAAAUGAGCCGAAUGGCUCGUUUCUUUGGAAUUGAUUUAUAUAUCUUCUUGGAGUUUAUCAGCGAGUCUGAAUUUGAGAUUGUCGUUUACGUGCGCAUGCAUUUUUGUGUUUGAGAGAUCAAAGGGAGACAGUGGAUCCGAAAUUCAUUGGAAUAGAAAAUAUUUCACCUCAAAACUAAAAUCAUUUGUCUCGUUUAUUCAAGCUUCUGUGCCCUGCCCUCUCGUUAAAGCUGAUCGUUAUUUAAACAUGCAGUUUUAGCAUCACUUGUCUCAGAUCGCCAUCCCUUACCAUAAAAAAAUACUCUUGCAAUUACUGAAGAUAAUGAUAUUUUGUUGACUGCCCUAACAUGCCUCAAUCAACUAUAUUGAUUGUAAAAGCCAAACAGAGGCGUUAUCGAUUCAGAGCGCUUCUCUUUUCUUCGUUCGUUCUGUUUUUAUUUUUCUACUAUACCCUGGCGGUAUACUAUUUUGGAAUAAAUUCUUGAAGAAAAGUAACGCAAGCAAUGCAGGAUAUGUAUUCUAAAGUACACACUUCCAAAAUUAAUCACCAGCUACCGUGCAAUCCAUUUCCAGUACAAGGUAUAUCAAGUCACAUACAUAAGUAUAUUCAUUAUUUAUUCAUGUUGAAAACAUGACCAAAAUAUUUAAAGUUAAAAGGAAGGAAGGAUGAAAUAUUUUUGCCAAACAAUUAGGUCUACUUCUUACGUUGAUUGACCCUAACAAAGAUUUCUAGACGUGGGAUGUGAAAAAAGGUGUACUUUGCUAAUUAUUUGUUUGGAAAGAUAUUUCAUUGUAAAUUAGAAACAUGAAAUUAUUUAGUAGAAUGGUUUAAUGUCAACAUUCUGAUAUUUGAAUCCAUUUUUUUUUUCUUGUUCAUUUUAAAAUUAUCUAUGAAUUAUGUUCAGAAAAAAAAAGCAUAUACCAACAUUCACUGACUAAUUCAACAAAUCCUCUAAGUUUAAAGAAUUUCUCUUUUAGGGUUUCAUAUACAAGUGGUCAUCAUUUGAAAUAGUGAAGAAUUUGAUAUUAUUUUCAAACAGAGAUUAUGUUGCAGGUAUUUGAAAUAUGUAUUUUUGAAACAGGGCUCAAUUGUCUCAAACAUUUUGUAGAGAUGAUAUGAAAGAGAGAGAUUUGUUCCCUUAUUUUUAGCUUUAAUUGAUUUCAUAUUUUAUUAUUUAGUCCAUUCAGAACUUCAGUUCUGUAGCAUGCAUUGCCCUGUGGGUUCAAAUCAAUUUUAAUUCAUUGUUUCAUUGUCAUGGUAAUGUGAAACAUAUCUUCCAAGGAUACAAACUGCGUUAUACUUGAAGAAGUUUUGGUAGUAGCCUUUUUAUGGCUAAUUGUACAUUACACACUAGGAAUUCUUCGGGCGGGGCAUACUGCCAAUGGUAGCCUAAGAUUAUCUGCAAGUUAUAUGUAAAAACGGUAAUAAUUAAAGUUUUUAUGAAGUUUUGGCUUUUACACAAA